AUGAAAUCGUUUCUAAGCUGUGAAAACGGUAAUUUUUUUGAUUUUUGUUCGAUUUUGGUUUUUAUAAUUGGAUGAAUUGUUGAUUUGCAGAAAGAAGAACGUCUCAAAAAAGCGAUCCUAAAGGCGGGCACCCCUCAACUUGGCCGAAACACGCAAAGGGGAACAAUUGCCGAUCUAACCUCACCUCAAAAGCCAAUACUAACAAAACGACCUCUGAAUCUGCGGCUAGGGUAAGGAAUUGCCCUUGUAAUUGAAUUAGCCUUCGUUUUUCAGCUGAAAGCCGCCGCGAUUUUCAAGAAAUCGUUGGAAAAAACGGGAAAAGUCGACGGCCGAACGGCCCAAAAACGAAAAGCCGACAACGAAGAGGACACGCCCUUGGCGAAGAAACAGAAUUUAUUGACGAGCACGGAGAAGCAAUCUGGACGAAAGAAUCAAAAAGUUGUUGGCCAGAAAGUCGACUCAUCAGAAAGAGGUUGA